CGAGGAUCCACAACGAACCCUGGUCUCUACAUUUUUCCGACCAUCAGAUCACAACUCUCUACGCAUCCAACGGUGACAAACAUACCAUCUCGGAUCUCAAACAAGCAUCAAAAUCAAAAUCAAAAUCAUCACUAAAUCAUGUCAUCCUCACUCCUACUCUCACUCUUCUCCUGAAAACUUGAGCCUCACUGGAGCCGGCUCAAAACCCAACAUCACUCGAAAAAGCUCAAAACAUUGAGCUAAAAAAUUUCACGAAAAAUCAUGGGAUUUACAAUGGGUUUGAAUCUACUCCUUCUAGUAGCCAUGGUUGCCACCAAUAUCCUCUCCCUCUAUCACCUCUCCACCACCAUGAUCUCCACUAAACCAGCCACAAAUCCUAACCCUCCUGUUCCUGAUCACCUCCUCCGUCAACUUCAGACCAUACGCGCCACCAUCAACCAUCUCACGCGCCUCCAACCUAAUCCCUCUGUUCAGACCACCGCCUCCAACAUCCCAUCUGACCUCCUACUCUAUACUCAGCUAUCACCCAUUGCAUCUGCCUGCCGCCACCACCCUGAUCUUCUUCAUCAGUACAUGAAUUACACCCCUUUCUCCGUUUGUCCCCAGCUGUCUUCCGCCGCCGCCGAACCCUUGAUCCUUCGUGGAUGCCAUCCUCUCCCACGGCGGCGCUGCUUCUCUCCCACUCCUAGUAAACUACCUUCCUCCCUUCCCACAAACCCCUUCUCUCCGGUGCCGGAGAAUGCCAUUUUGUGGAGUAAUUACAAGUGUAAAACCUUCGAUUGUCUAAACCCAGAUCUGGGUUUUGAUUUGAAGAAAGAGAAAUUAAAGUUUCUGAGCUACAAAACCGAUCUCGAUCUCCCGAUUUCUCAACUAAACGACAUCGUAAAGAAAUCAAAAAACGUUCUCCGGAUAGCUCUAGACAUAGGCGGUGGUACAGGUACAUUCGCUGCGCAAAUGAAGCAAGAAAAUGUGACAGUUAUCACGACCACCAUGAGCAUCGGUGCACCCUAUAACGAAGCUGCUGCCCUCCGGGGAUUGAUCCCGUUACAUGUGCCAUUGCAGCAGAGGUUACCGGUGUUUGAUGGGGUUCUGGAUCUGGUGCGGUGUGGCCGCGCCGUGAACAGGUGGAUUCCGGCGCAAUCAUUGGAGUUUCUACUUUAUGAUGUGGAUCGAGUGCUGAGAGGUGGUGGGUAUCUUUGGAUUGAUCAUUUUUUCAGUAAAAGUAUCGAUCUUGAUAAGAUUUUCAGCCCAUUGAUCGGAAAAUUGGGGUAUAAGAAGGUGAAAUGGGCAGUGGGGAAGAAGAUGGAUACAAGUGGUGUGAAGAAUGGAGAAGCUUAUUUGACUGCUCUUUUACAAAAGCCAGUUUCAAGAUGAUGAUGAUAUUGCUCUCCUUUCUUUUUUGUUCUUCAGGUACCAAUUUUGAAAUCUAUUGUUGUAAUAUUGUGAAAUUGGGGCAUAUUGGAAUUAUAAUUAUAUGAUAUUUGAUGCAAUUAGGUAAGAAUUAAAGAGUAAAAAAGGAAAUUAGGAGUUCAAAUUCAGGUUUUUCAUGAUCUUUUCUAGAUAAUAUGGAACUGGUAACUUGUAAUUGAGUCCAAAUUUCCUUGUUUACAAUUUGUAGAGCAUAUAUUUUAAUGGUGCACACCAUGUUCUCAUGUACCUUUUGUUUUACUAUAGAUUUGUAUCCUUGUUGUGUU